AUGCAGAAUCUCUUUAGCCGCCAGCACGACAUAUACCCUUUGAUCGAUCCUUCUUCACACUUCAUCUCGCAGACCUACGCGUCCAAGGUUGUCCUCGUCACCGGUGGUGGGACGGGGAUUGGCGCGCAUACAGCCCUUUACUACGUGAAGGCCGGUGCGCGUGUCGCUUUGGUCGGUCGGCGUGUUGAGCGCCUCGAAGAGCGCAAAAGCAUCAUCGAGAAGGAGGUUCCGGGAGCUCAAGUGCUGAUAGUCGCUGGCGAUAUUUCAGAGCCCGAGGUUGGAAAGAGCAUCGUGACUCAGGCGGUGAAUAGGUGGGGUAGAAUCGACGUGGUCAUAGCGAAUUCGGCUCUCGGGAUGGGAGGUGCAGAUAGACUUGGUACCAAAGACCCAGCUGCCUGGUGGUACACUCAAGAAGUCAUUAUCCGUGGAACCCUGAACAUCAUACACCCGGCUCUUCCGGAGCUCGUCAAAACGAAGGGCCAUAUCAUUGUAACGACUUCAGGCGCGGCGCACAUGCGGUUACCUCUGACAUCAGACUACAUCGUCAGUAAAUAUGCGAUAGGUCGGUUUGCUGAGAUUCUUGCCCUCGACUACCCGGAGUUGUCAGUCUACAUCUUCAACCCUGGUGCCAUAGCCACCCCCGGUGCUCUUGAGGCCCAAGCCCAGAUUGAAAUCAAAGGAACCAUACAGAUGCCAGAUUCGAUCGACCUCCCCGCCGCAACAUGUUUGUGGCUCACCGACCAUAACAAUCUUGAUGCGAAGUUCCUGAGCGGCCGGUAUGUAGAGGCAUCGUGGGAUCUGAACGAGGUACUUGCCAAGAAGGAGGAGAUUGUACGCGACGAUUUGUUGGUCACGAAGCUCGCGGGUCCAGUCGAAUCUACUUGA